CGAUUUGUGACCCGAAGAGUUGGCAGGACUGCCUCGGAGUGCUGCGUUAAACCGAGUAAUUUUUUAAACCCACUUAUUGAUAAAUUGUCGGGUCGAACGGUGGUUCCCGGUUCCGUGGCGCGCGCUCUUUUAAACCCUUCCGAAAGUCCGUAAGAACAGCGCGCUGUUUCUCCGCUUCCUUCCCUCAGUCCCUUCGCUUCCUGUUUGCGGUCGAGAAACGGCAGCCUGGCCGCGAAACUCCCACAACAUAACCAUAAAGCCUCGCGGUUGUGCAAUCGAGGAGGGUGCAUAUAGCUCCUAGCUAGCCUUCCUUUCAAUAACCAAAGUAUGAUCCGGUGUCCCAGGAUGCUGGUGUUGCCAGCCUUAAUGGUCGCCGCCGCCGCCUGCCUGCUGGUCCCCUGCCACGGAACGCCUCUGGAGUGGGAAUACGCCGUAACGCUGAGAACCAAGAUCCAGUUUAUGGACAGUUCCUGGCAGACGAUAGCCACGGCUGCCCACGAGUUCGACGAGCUGUCCGCCCUGACCUUUGACGAGACGGAGGAGCUGAUCUACUUUAAUGACCUCAAACACAAGAACGGCAGCAUAUUCUCCCUGAGAAGAGAUGCCUUAGCCGCCACUCAUGUGGCUGAGCAGGCAAUUAAGAGGACGGGCAACGAGUCUGUGGGAGGAUUGGCCUACGAUCCGCUGAAUAGGAACCUCUUCUGGUCGGACACGCAACAGAGGAAGAUCUUCUUCGCUUCCAUCGACAGUGAAGUGGGUGAGACGCCCAAGGUUCUAGUGGAUCUCAGCCAGGAGGGAGGACGACCUGAUGGCGUGGCCGUGGACGUGUGCCGCCGGAAGCUCUACUGGACCAACUCGAACAUCACGCAUCCAUCCGUGGAAAGGAUCGAUCUGGAUGGCAGCAACAGGACUGUGAUCAUCAGCACCAACAUCGACAUGCCCAAGGGUAUUGUAGUCGACCAGCUUUCCGAUCGCCUAUUUUGGAUUGACGACCUCAAGGGCGUCUUCUUUGCGGUGGAGAGCUCGAGGAUGGACGGUUCCGAUCGCCAGGUGGUGCUGAAGGACAAGCACCACGAACCCCUAAACCUGGCCGUGACCAACGAUGCCAUCUACUGGACGGACCGCACCACAAAGGCGGUGUGGAGUCACCCAAAGGUGCCGCCGGUCAAGGUCACCACGACUGCCAGGCCAGUGGAGAUGGAGGACACCACGGACCCCAGUGAAUCCAAGCCUGAUAGCGAUCCAGAGCCCGUGCCGGAGGAGUGCCCGCUGGUGCGCGUGGCCAAUCUCAGUGAGGAGGCCAGGGGAAUCGUGGCCCGCACUGGUUUCUACCAGAGACUCCAGAAGGACGCCCACUGUGCCAGCAUAGUGCGCAAGGUGAAGCAGCGCUUGGACGAGAAGAGCAGGAAGCAAAGCAGUAGCCUGCUGGACGAGAAGAUUGCCCAGUUGGAGCGAGACCACUGCAUGAACGGGGGCAGCUACAUCCCGAACAGCGACCUCUGCAUCUGCCCGCCCGGCUUCAAGGGAUCCCGGUGCGAGAUUCGCGAAUGCCACAACUACUGUGUCCACGGCACCUGCCAGAUGUCCGAACAGGCCUACCCUAAGUGCUACUGCCAACCGGGAUUCAGCGGCGAGCGCUGCGAGAUUAGCAAGUGUUCCGGAUUGUGCCUCAACGGGGGCCACUGUCGGCUGGUCGGCGAGAACGAGGAGCAGGAGCCCAGCUGCGAGUGCCCACCGAGGUUCGGAGGAGCCCGCUGCGAGCAGAACUCCACGGAGAUCUGCUCCCUUUUCUGCCGCCUGCUGAAGCACGAGCCGGUGAUCUAUGUGCCCUUUGGCUGCCACAGCAUUUGCGAGGAACUGGCCCAGGAGAACAGCACCAAUAUCGCCAUUCCCCAGUACCAGCACCUGGAUGUGUGCCUCACGCCAAACGUUUGGACUAGCAGUGUGAUCAUCAUCCUGGUCGUGGGCAUCGUGCUCAGCCUGCUCCUAGUGGCCAUCAUCGUGCACGGCGUUCGCCGCCUGUACAAGCCGAAGAGGCCGCGCAUCAGGAAGACUUUUGUGGUGCGCAAGCAGGCCAGGACGAACUCCGCCGGAGAUACGCCGCUGACCAACCGCCCACUGGCCACCGAGCAGUGCGAGAUCACGAUAGAGAACUGCUGCAAUAUGAACAUCUGCGAAACGCCCUGCUUUGAUCCCAAGCUGGUGGAGCAGACCCUGGCCAAGUCCAGCUGCAAGGAGGACAAGAAGAUACUCAUCCACAACAUGGAGGAUGACCUGUACUAAGGCACGCUGCUGCUGCUGCCCCAAACCAAACAACAAAACAAACUGAACCUUGUGAUAGUCGUCGUCGUCGAGUGCGGAUUGGUAUUCGAGCUUGAGACAAGCUGCUGCCCGCCCGGCCCUCGACCCCGUUUAGCCGCCAAGGUGCUCGCCCAGGCCACCGGUGACCAGUAACCAACUAGAGCCUGCCUGGAACACACUUAACACUCGCCAAAACCAUUUACUUAAGCAACCGAAGCAACCUACACAUGUGUACUUAGUGAAUCCUGGGAGCGUAACGUGCUUCGGUCUCUCGUUAAUUUAUUUGCAUCAUCCCAGGAUUGGGAUUUGUUUUUUAGCUCAAAGCUCAACAUUUUAUAUAUUUUUUAAAAUUUUUUAGAUUUUUUUUAAAUUGAAAAAUGUAGCUAUUUGAAAAGGAAAUGAAGCAAGUCGCGCGACUGACACCUAGCUUUAAAGAACAUGGAAUACGCACGGGAUACAAGAACCUGUAGAUCGUAAGCAAAACAUAGACCAUUGUGAUUGUGAUUGAUGAUGAGAAGCCCUCUAAGCUGCUGUAAUUGGUUAGAUGCACGCUCCUGCUCCUCUCACAAGCAAUUGAUAACGUCACCUCCCCUAAAAUAUAUAUCAAUUCGCGGUCUCUUGCCCUUAUCCCAUUUUCCGCACCUAAGAAACGUCAGAGAAAAAGACCCCUAACAAAAAACACAAGAGCGGCAAAAGAAAACUCUCCCUGAAUGAUCGAGAGUUGUAAAUAUUAAAGCAUAGUUUAAUUUUAGUCGUAGUCCUUAAGAAAAGGGUUGAAUAAAGAAAAACUACAUGCAGUUGUAAAUUUUAAAA